GCUUGGUCCUCUCACAGCCGGUUUCAGUGCCUCGAGCCCUACCCACCUAAUCUUUUCUGUGAUUGUGAACCCUCCUCAUCCAACGAUGUGACUGAUCGUGCGCCGGAGUCCAUCGUCGUGAGGGUUUAGACAUAUCGGAACCCACCAUCAACCCACUACGCAGAUAGGCAUGUUGAGGAUUUGAUGCUAGCAAAAAGUUUCAAUUCAUUGUGAUUGAGCUUUUGGGAAGGCUUUGUUUGUCAUUGGCUUCACAUUCGCUGUUUGGUUGAGGUCUUCAACAUGGAAGUGUUCAGGAGGGCCAUUUUGCAACCUGGCCCACCAGAAAGUUUUGCUCUACAGACAGUUCAACAAGUUAUAAAACCUCAGAAACAGACAAAGUUAGUCCAAGAUGAGAAUCAAUUGUUAGAAAAUAUCCUCCGGACAUUGCUUCAGGAACUGGUGUCAUCUGCAGUACAGUCUGGGGAGCAGAUAAUGCAGUAUGGUCAAUCAAUUGAUGAUGGAGAAACUACCCAAGGACAUAUUCCCCGUCUUCUUGAUAUUGUGUUGUAUCUUUGUGAGAAUGAACACAUUGAAGGCGGCAUGAUAUUUCAGCUGUUGGAAGACUUAACAGAAAUGUCUACUAUGAGAAACUGCAAAGACGUUUUUGGUUAUAUAGAGAGUAAACAAGAUAUAUUAGGAAAGCCAGAGCUUUUUGCUCGAGGAAAACUUGUGAUGUUGAGAACAUGCAAUCAACUUCUUCGUCGCCUGUCAAAGGCAAAUGACGUGGUAUUUUGUGGACGAAUUCUAAUGUUUUUGGCUCACUUUUUCCCAUUAUCUGAGCGUUCAGCUGUGAAUAUAAAAGGAGUUUUUAACACAUCAAACGAGACAAAAUAUGAGAAAGACCCCCCUGAUGGAAUUUCCAUCGAUUUCAACUUCUACAAGACAUUUUGGAGUUUACAGGAACACUUUUGUAACCCUCCUUCCUUAACUCUUGCUCCUACCAAGUGGAAGAAAUUUACAUCCGGUUUAAUGGUUGUCCUGAAUACAUUUGAAGCUCAACCAUUAAGUGAUGAAGAGGGAGAUGCCAAUAGUUUGGAGGAGGAGGCGGCAAAUUUCAGCAUAAAAUAUCUUACGAGCAGUAAACUAAUGGGUUUGGAGUUGAAGGAUCCGAGUUUCCGACGUCAUAUUCUUGUGCAGUGCCUCAUAUUGUUCGAUUAUCUGAAGGCCCCUGGAAAGAGUGAAAAAGAUUUGCCUUCUGAUAGCAUGAAAGAGGAAAUAAAAUCUUGUGAGGAGCGUGUGAAAAAGCUGCUUGAAAUGACUCCACCCAAGGGGGAGAAUUUUCUUCAUAAAAUUGAGCAUAUAUUAGAACGUGAAAAGAAUUGGGUAUGGUGGAAACGUGAUGGUUGUCCACCAUUUGAGAAGCAGCCAGCAGAGAAGAAAGUGGUCCAAGAAGGAGCCAAAAAACGUAGGCCGAGAUGGAGAAUGGGAAAUAAAGAACUCUCUCAGUUGUGGAAGUGGGCAGAUCAGAAUCCGAAUGCUUUAACUGAUCCUCAACGUGUUCGAACACCUGCCAUCACUGAUUACUGGAAGCCCCUGGCUGACGAUAUGGAUCCAGCAGCUGGAAUAGAAGCUGAAUAUCACCACAAAAAUAACCGAGUUUAUUGCUGGAAAGGUCUUCGAUUUUCAGCUAGACAAGACUUGGAAGGGUUUUCUAGAUUUACUGAAUUUGGUAUUGAAGGAGUAGUGCCUCUGGAACUUUUGACACCUGAAGAGCGGUCUAAAUACCAAGCUAAACCAAAUGACAAGUCUAAACGUGCUAAAAAGGAAGAAACAAAGGGUGCUGCACAUCAAGUAGAAGAAAAUCAGAUUGCAACAGCUGCAAAUGAGAUAGAUGGUGAAGGAAUCAGAGCUGUGCUUGAAGCCUCAGUGACACCAACGGACACUGAUGCCACUGUUGCAACUGGUGACAUGUCCCAAGGUGGCAGUCCAAUCCCCGAUGAACAUCAGAAGCAAAGCUCUGAUACGGAUUUAGGUCAAGAGGCAGGCCAGAUGGAAGCAGAUGCUGAAGUCGAUGCUGGGAUGAUUGAUGGUGGAAUGGACACGGAGGUUGAUUUAGAUCCAGUUGGCUGAGAAAUGUAAUGGAUGGUUUUUUCUUGUUUGCAUAGCAUAUGUAAGAGGAGUAUUUGAUUGAAAGGAGGUGGCAUGUUUGACAAUCCUACAAUAGGAACCAAAUUUGACAAAUGUUUUGUAACUAGGAUGUGGUAUGUUCCUUGGUCAAUUAACUUGUACUAUGGCAUGUAUUUCAUGCUCUUCCGAGUUUGCGACCAACUUUCAAUGAAUUCGGAAAUCUAUGACCAACCUACUCCAUAAAUGCUGAGGGCACUUGUAAUCCAA